AUUCCUCCUCUUGUUGCAGAAAUAACUUCACUCUGAGGGAGCUGUGAGUUUUUCCUCUGUGGGGAUGUUUCCUGCAGCUCACAGGGAGUAAACCCAGGGGACUCUGCAGCUUUAAAUGGACAUAAUUGAGUGUCAAUGAUCACCACAUCAGCUGCGGAGUAACUAAUGCAGGCAAUCAGCGAGCUCACACAUGCUCGCCGCCCCCACCCCUCUUUAAAAAAGAAAUCACAAAACUGAGGGAGGAAAACGCACUCCCACCAGCAGCCUCAGCUGUGCGUCCGUCACGCUCCCACGCUCACUUCAAUUCUCAUUUCUCCUCUGGUUGCAGCCCGCUGGAGCCUGCGCUGAGGAAUUAUCUGCUGUCAGGACCUGCCCGGGACGCCGCCGCGCCAACACGGACCGGAGCUGUACUGGGGCUGGGGGGGUACUGAGCGAUGCUGUCCGCCGCCAUUCAGAUCCUGGCGUUCGCCCUGGCGCUCCUGGGCGUCCUCGGCACCACCGUGGCCACUCUGCUGCCCAACUGGAAGGUGAGCAUCAACGCCUGGUCCAGCAUCAUGACCCCCAUCUCGCAGAUGCAGGGUCUGUGGAUGGACUGCGUCUGGUACAGCUCCGGGGUCUUCAGCUGCACCAUGAAGAACUCGGUUCUGUCGCUGCCGGGGUAUCUGCAGGCCACGCGGGCCGCCAUGGUUCUGUCCUGCCUGGUGGCGUUGUUCGGACUCUGCCUCGCCUCCCUGGGGCUUAAAUGUACCCGCUGGGGGGGCAGCCACCGAGCAAAGGGGCACACAGCCAUCGCUGCGGGGGGCUGCUUCAUCCUGGCCAGCUUUCUCUGCCUGGUCCCCGCAUCCUGGUUCACCAACGAAGUCAUCACCGUCUUCCUGACCACGGACCUGCCGGAGAGCAGCAAAUAUCAGCCGGGAGGAGCUCUGUGCGUGACGUUUAUAUCCGCCGGCUUCCUCCUGGCUGGAGGGGUCAUUUUUUGUUUGUCAUGUCCUGGAAAGAGAUCUGGACGACCGGACUUCGCUUCCUCCGCUGACCCCGACAGACGUCUAACGUGCCCACAUGAGCAGCGGAGGCGGGAGCUGCAGACGGAGGACGUGCAGCCGAAAAACAGGCAAAACAAGACGGUUCAGCUGCAGAUGGACAAAGUGAAGCAGAAGAAACCUCCUGAACAGGGUCAGGAGCAGAAGAAGGUCUACUUGUCUCCCUCCAAACUCCCUCCGAAAGACAUCAAAGACAGCUACAGCCUCCAGGAGUACGUUUAAUCCUCACAGCUGAGCGGGGAAAUGUGGAGUUUUCAGCUGAGCUUUCUGGCUCAUAGUAAAGGGGGAGGUAAGGUGGGGGAGGUGUGUUUGAGGGGGAAUAAUUACCAAAUGUUGGAAAUGACAGAUUGUGGAUUCAGGCGACCGUCUCGGGGAAGGAGACGAAAAACAGAGGAGCUCUGUGAGGAAAAGAGGUGCUUAAAAGAAGCUGUAAAUCCUUUAAAAACUGCCUGCAGAUCUGACGCAGCUUUCCCACACCAAAGGUCUGAAGGCAAAAACAUGAAAGAGCUGAAGCUGCUGAUCUUAAAAAACAAAUCUGAGCUCUGCCUGAAACAGAAAAGCCAUCCAGCUGCAGAUCGGCCUCCUGAGGUAAAGUAGUGCUCAGGCAGGGCCGGCCCAAAGCUUUCUGGGGCUGUGAGCAGGAUUUCACCACCCGAACCAAAUAAAAAAAAACAUGAGAAUAUUUAAACAAAAGCUGAAUGUUAGAGAUGUAUUUUAUGAAAAAAUAAAUAAAGAGGACAAAAACACAGGAUAUACUGUAACUUUGAGAUACACUUUCUGAUUUUGAUAUAGCGCUCUAGAAACCCAAACUUUGGUGGUGUAGAAGGUUAAACUUGAACAUGAGAACACAAAAAGAAUAUUCUAGAUAUUAACUGGUAUACUAUUGACAUAAAGAUGUAAUAUGAAACACACUGAAUCGAAAUGCUGUUAAAUACUGGUGUAAACUGAGGAUUUAAAUUGCACAAAACAUACCUCAAAUUACAAAAUAUUAUGCUAAUAAUGUCAGACUAAAUGAUUAUACUUUGCUUAUCAUAAUUAAAUUUUUCCCACACUGAUUCAGAAAAUCAGUAGUUACUACUACUACAGUUACUAUAAAUGUAGGAUGAAGUUUUGCACAUAAACUUAGUGAUGUAUUUACACACAGAAUUAGACUUGUUAGAGAUAAAUGACUCAAGUUUUAUAUAUCAAUACCAAAAAAUCCAGACCUCAUUACUUCUACCCAAAUAAUCCAAAUAAUAUUCACAAUAUUAAAGAUAUGUAUUAAGUACAAAAAACUACCUAAAACAGAAGAUAUGAAGGUCAAAAUCUAUAAAAAAA